CCCCGCCCCUCGCCCGUUAUUCGUCUCGAUUCCAGCCGGGCCGCGCCGCGCCGCGCCGCGCCGCACCGAGGGCUCCUCCCAACCCUCCCCGCUUGCAGUUCCGACCAUUACAGGACCCAGAAAAAAAAUGUCGACCACACUCCUGUCCGCCUUCUACGAUAUCGACUUCUUGUGCAAGACGGAGAAAUCCCUGGCCAACCUCAAUCUGAACAACAUGCUGGACAAGAAGGCGGUGGGGACGCCCGUGGCUGCUGCCAACAGCUCGAGCUUCACGCCGGGCUUCCUGCGACGCCACUCGGCCAGCAACCUCCACGCGCUCGCCCACCCGGCGCCCAGCCCGGGCAGCUGCUCGCCCAAGUUCCCAGGCGCCCCCAACGGCAGCAGCUGCGGCCCCGCAGCAGGCGCGGGCGGCCCGGCCUCCUACGGCCAGCUCAAGGAGCCUUCGGGGGGCAGCGGCACCGCUCUGGUCAACAAGGAGAGCAAAUUCCGGGACCGCUCGUUCAGCGAGAACGGCGAGCGCAGCCAGCACCUCCUGCACCUGCAGCAGCAGCAGAAGGGGGGCAGCGGCUCCCAGAUCAACUCCACGCGCUACAAGACCGAGCUGUGCCGACCCUUCGAGGAGAGCGGCACGUGCAAGUACGGCGAGAAGUGCCAGUUCGCCCACGGCUUCCACGAGCUGCGCAGCCUCACUCGGCACCCCAAGUACAAGACGGAGCUGUGCCGCACCUUCCACACCAUCGGCUUCUGCCCCUACGGCCCGCGCUGCCAUUUCAUCCACAACGCGGAGGAGCGGCGGCCCGCGCCAUCGGGGGGCGCCUCCGGGGACCUGCGGGCCUUUGGCGCGCGCGACGCGCUGCACCUGGGCUUUGCCCGGGAGCCGCGGCCCAAGCUGCAUCACAGCCUCAGUUUCUCGGGCUUCCCGUCGGGUCACCACCAGCCCCCGGGGGGUCUGGAGUCGCCGCUGCUGCUCGACAGCCCCACGUCGCGCACGCCGCCACCGCCCUCCUCCUCGGCCUCAUCCUGUUCCUCCUCCGCCUCUUCCUGCUCCUCCACGUCGGCCGCAUCCACGCCUUCGGGCGCCCCGACGUGCUGCGCCUCGGCGGCGGCUGCAGCGGCGGCCGCGCUGCUCUACGGUCCCGGGAGCGCCGCCGAGGACCUGCUGCCCCCCGGAGCCCCGUGCGCCACCUGCUCGGCCACCUCGUGUGCCAACAACGCCUUCGCCUUCGGCCCGGAGCUGAGCAGCCUCAUCACGCCGCUUGCCAUCCAGACCCACAGCUUCGCCGCCGCGGCCGCCGCCUACUACCGCAGCCAGCAGCAGGGCCUGGCGGGCCCCGCGCAACCCCCCGCGGCCCCCGCGCCGCCCUCGCCGCCCUUCGGCUUCCCGCUGCCGCGCCGUCUGUCCGAGUCGCCCGUGUUCGACGCGCCCCCCAGCCCCCCGGACUCGCUGUCGGACCGCGACAGCUACCUGAGCGGCUCGCUGAGCUCGGGCAGCCUCAGCGGCUCCGAGUCCCCCAGCCUGGAUCCCGGCCGCCGCCUGCCCAUCUUCAGCCGCCUCUCCAUCUCCGACGACUGAGGCAAGGGGGCGCCCGCGAGGGGUUGGGAAGAGGCGCCGCCGGGGGGCACCGGGUUAGGGGUGACACGGCCGCAGGCCCGACUUGCAGGCCCCCCUGCCGAGCACUUGGA